GUAUAAAAAGAGCGCGGCGAAAACAACUUAAUCAAUUCGCUACCACAACUAGUACGAAAGCUAUAGUAACAGCAGCGGCCGUGUAAUACAACACCUACUUCUUCACAAGAUAUCACUAUUCUUCAGGUGGGAAGUUACACUGACAAGAAAGUGAGAGGAGCAUCUGACACCGAAUAUGUUGGCCAAGACACUAUUGUUCAUGGCGGUGGGUCUGGCUGCCGUCACCCUCAGCCAACCCAGAAGAACGACCCUACCCACGACCAUCAUCCCGACGCCAAAGGUUCCCCCAAACACCAUCAAGGCAGAAAUGGCCCACUGCGUGCCUGAGAACCAGGCGGUGGAUCUGGGCCUGCGCCGGGAGGCAGGGAUCAAGUAUUUCCCAACCUGCGUGAGAGUGGAGCAGUGUGGCGGGUGCUGCAGUAAUCCUCUGUUCACCUGCAAGCCCAUUAGCACAGAGAUGGUGACGUAUGAGGUGACGAAAUUCACGCAUGUUGAAAAAGAUGUCUGGACACCCAGCCCUUUCUAUGUGAAUGUGACCAAGCACGUGGAGUGUCAGUGCCAGUGUUCGGUGACAGAGCAAAAUUGUACCGAAGGCCAGACUUAUGACCGUGACAACUGUACCUGCAUCUGUGACAACAAAGAACAGAAACAAGCAUGUGACGAAAACGACAAGAAGUUGUGGGACAGCACUUCCUGCACCUGUUACUGCCGGAAAGACAAGGAGUGCCCCUCAGAACAUGUCUUCUCACCAGACACCUGCGAGUGUGAGAAAGUGAAACAGUGAUGGAUCCUGGAGUUCCUGAGGGCCAGCGCACUGCACCCGACACUUCCACGGAGGCGCUGCAAAGACCCGCACUGACGCCACGGCCGCCUACCUACUACAUACCCUAUAUUUAUUGAUGUUCAUUUUGUACGGUAGCACUUUCGUUGUCAUGCUCCUCCUCUUAGCAUUAGGAGUCCCGUAUAUCAUUAUAUGUAUGUGUAGACAUCAGAGAAACAGAAAAUAGGAGGUAGACUCUGUAUUUUCUGAGUUACAGAACUAGUCAACACUGAACAGUACAAAGCUAAAUGUCUAAGUAAUUGUAGGUCAUUAUAAAAAUAUUGUCUAGUCGUGACAUUGCAACAGAAAUUUCCUUGACUCUUGACCUUUGAUCUCCUCUUACUAUAACUGGUACUAUAACUCUUUGUCUUAAUGACCUGAUGCAAAUGUACUUAGCAGAAAUAAAAUUGAAGUUGCUAA